AAUGGAGAUUAGAUAAAGGGGCAUUCAGAACAGAAAAUAGGAGGCACUUUUUUACACAGAGAAUUGUGAGGGUCUGGAACCAACUCCCCAGUAAUGUUGUUGAAGCUGACACCCUGGGAUCCUUCAAGAAGCUGCUUGAUGAGAUUCUGGGAUCAAUAAGCUACUAACAACCAAACGAGCAAGAUGGGCUGAAUGGCCUCCUCUCGUUUGUAAACUUUCUUAUGUUCUUCUUAUGUUCUUAAUACACCCUGAUAAACUGGUACACUGAUAUCAAUAUGAAUUACUUGUAUAUUUGUAAUACAUUUUGAUAAUGUAUUGCAAGAAGUAUUUUUUUUCUCGGUCAGGGGCAGCGGCUGUGUAAAUGUUUCUGGAAACAUUCGUCACAACACUGUACUUGGACUCAUUACAAUGUCCUGCUUUGGUUAUGAGGAGGAACUAGCACCUGAGUGGGAGGAGCCCGUGCAUCCAGCGCCCAGACGGGGGGACCACGAGCGUCCAACGCCCAGACGGGGGGACCGCGGGAAUCCAAAGCCCGAGAGACAGCUGUUCCCACCUCCACCAGCAGAGCAAGAAUGCCUGCUGUUCCCACCUCCACCAGCAGAGGGAGAAUGCCUGCUGUCCCCAUCUCCACCAGCAGAGGGAGAAUGCCUGCUGUCCCCAUCUCCACCAGCAGAGGGAGAAUGCCUGCUGUCCCCAUCUCCACCAGCAGAGGGAAAAUGCCUGCUGUCCCCAUCUCCACCAGCAGAGGAAGAAUGCCUGCUGGUUUCCCUAUCACAACCAGCAGAGGACGAAUGCCUGCUGGUUUCCCCAUCACAACCAGCAGAGGAAGAAUGCCUGCAGGUUUCCCCAUCACAACCAGCAGAGGAAGAAUGCCUGCAGGUUUCCCCAUCACAACCAGCAGAGGACGAAUGCCUGCUGGUUUCCCCAUCACAACCAGCAGAGGAAGAAUGCCUGCUGGUUUCCCCUUCCGAGGGAGAGCCGCACCAGUCCCCUGCAAUAGGGGGAGCGCCGCACCAGUCCCCUGCAAUAAGGGGAGCGCCGCACCAGUCCCCUGCAAUAGGGGGAGAGCCGCACCAGUCCCCUGCAAUAGGGGGAGACUACACGCUGCUCCCACCUUCGUCGCCAGGAGACUACACACUGCUCCCACCUUCGUCGCCAGGAGACUACACGCUGCUCCCACCUUCACCGGCAGGAGCAGAGCAGCUGGGAGCUGCCUCUGUCACCUUCAUCGGCAGGAACAGAGCAGCAGGAGCUGCCUCUACCUCCGCCACUUCCACCAGCAGAGGGUGAAUGCCUGCUGGGUCCACUUCCACCAGCAGAGGGUCAAUGCCUGCUGGGUCCACUUCCACCAGCAGAGGGUCAAUGCCUGCUGGUAUCACUUCCCCGACCGCCAUCUUCACCCCCAAGAGGAGAGGAGCAGGAGUUACCUCUGCCUCCAUCACCACCAGGGGAAGAGGUGCAGGAGCUGCCUCUCCCUUCACAAACAGUAGCAGGACUUGCUGCUGGCAUUCCUCAGCAACCACUACAUAGUCUGCUGAGGGGAGCACAGCAGAAAACAGCCCGGCCGCAGCGGCUACGAAGAGGGCCAGCACCGCCGCAGCCACUGCUACAGUGGCCAACCACAGCACCACGACUGGUCCUGACUCCGGCACCGCCCAAGGAUGCCAGCCUCGCUUCGCCCAAGGAUGCCAGCCUCGCUUCGCCCAAGGAUGCCUGCCUUGCAUCGCCUGGGGCUGCCUGUUGCUCCGCAUCACAGCAGGAAGUACUGUGGCCGGAACCCCACCAAGGGGAGCUGCCGGCCACGAAGAAGGGGGAGGAGGUCUGGAGACCACCAACCCCAGCAGCAGUUUCGUUGCCGGAGAUCGUGGGGGAGGUCAGGAGACCUGCUCCCACUGCAGCACGUGCGCUGCAGGAAGUACUGUGGCCGGAGCCCCACAAAAGGGAGCUGCCGGCUACGAAAAAGGGGGGAGGUCAGGAGACCACCCCCCAAGCAGCCUUUCUGCUACCAGGACUACCCCGGCUGGAGGAGCCAGACUGGGGACUAUUAAUGUCUCUGCUGACAGCAUUUCCGCUGUCAGCUGGGAAGCUGCCGGCAUUGCCACCAGCAGCAGAAGAGUGGCAGGAGUAUGCCACCCCGCUGUCAGCAUUGCUGCUGACAGCCUUACAACCUGUGGGCCCCUUGAAGCCUCCGGUUCUGGCCCAGGACUUUGUGCUGGACUUUUGGGCUUUUAAGGGGGGAGGUGGCCGUUGAGGCCAUGUGUGCUGCGCACAAGGGGGGGUAUAUGUGGCAAUGUGCUCCGUCCCUGUGUGCAUUUCUGUGUUGUAUGUUGCGUGUGGUGUGUUAAUGUUGGUGUAUAGGCAUUGGUACACGGGAUAUAAACGGGUCUGUGUUUCACGUGCGAUUUAAAAUGUAUAAUUGUAUUUAGGCACGGGAUUGCACAUCACUUCACGUGCAUUUAAAGUAUAUAAUAUGUGAGCAUGAGGUUGCACAUAAUUAAUUCACGUGCUGGGAUUCAAGUGAAUAAUUAAUUAGUAAUUGAAUCCCGGCACAACAGUAUAUAUAGAUGCACGUUUUACUCACUCGGGGUUGGGUGUUCGAUGAGUAGUGAACGGGAGAGAGAGGAGGAGAAAUAAAGUUAAAGAUAAAUAUUUAUAACAAUUGCUAUCGCAUGCUGGUAGGACCAGCACGAUACUUGUUUGUUUAUUUACUCACCGUGUUUGUGUGUCUGUCCGUCCACCGUUUGUUUAAGUGUUAGUCCGUUUUGUUUGUCUAUUUAUUUUGGAGCAAGUGCCGUGUCCUGUCUUCUGUUUGUUUAAACCUUUUAUUUAUAAUAAACCGCGCAACAGCGCUUUCAUCAUUUCACCUCAUUUCUCUGUGUAUUCAUUUCCUGGUUCUGACGGCACCACUCAGCUAGCCGUGUGACAGGGUCCCAAAAACAGGCUUAGAUUUUAUUUUGCUAAAAAACAAAACACCGUUAUAAAUUUAGACUAACAUUUUUUUUUUAACAAAGCACCUUCGUAAACACUCAUACAGAUCGAUCAGUCACCUAUUUGCACCUCGUUUCUUGUGUGCUGAGAAACUGACACUGACAGCACCAGACGGGAUGACAGAGGAAAACAUUCUCUCAGCUGUGUCACCCUGCCGACCAUGAAGCUCUGCCUGAAACUGACAGCGUUGACACAAUGUUUAUCUGAUUGUACAUUACGUGUUGCUAUUUACAAAAAUGCUGGCUGGCUAUGAAUUACUAUCUAUAAUGCACGUACACAUGCGGUCUUCACUAAAGUCCCAAUUUAAAGACAGUACGUUUCACUGUAGCCCUCGGGAUGAAAUUGUUAGGUGGCUAUUUAAUUAUUAUUAUUUUAUUAAUUAGCAGUGGGAGAAAACCGCUUCAGCAAGUACAGUAGAAUCUGCCAGAACUGACGGACGCUGAAUCUACUACAGAUACUAAUGAGAGCUUAACAAAAACAAAAGAAAAACGAGGGAAAUGCAGAACAUUUCAAGAAAGCUGGGAGACUUUGUAUAAAUUGAUUUUAUAUUUUUAAAUGCUGCAGUAACAGUUCUGCUUUUGAAGCAUCCACUAUAAUUUGACAGAACAGGUGAUUUAUUUGCACUGUGCAGAACCUUAUUUUCCCCCAUUGGUGCUUGAGCCCCGGAGAGCUCACAGAAUCACCACCUGCACCUAUUAUCAGUGAUUAAAGCCUGGGUUUAGAACGAACUGAUUACCGCUCAGCAGUAUUAUAUUGGUAUAAGAAAAGUGUGUUUUAAAAAAGUAAUUUCAGCUUCCAAUCACUUAAAAUAUGCUGACGAUAAUGUAAACAACACCAAGCUACAGACAGCGAGUCCCAAGCUUUAAACGUGUUACUGUUUAUAGAUAAGAACUUAACUUUAUUAUGAAUAUACUGUGUUAUUAUGUUUUAACCAACAUACUAUGAUAAUGUUCUGUGACAGGGUGACUAAACGGUGACGUCACGGCAGAAGCAGGAACGAAAAAAUACUGACACCGGGCACUGCAGUUCAAAAGAAAGAAAUCGGCUGGCCGCCUUUUUUAUUAAAUAACAAAAAUAAAUAAAAAGGUUGAACAAAAUAAAAUCACCAACACAAAAUAUAUAAACAAAGGUCAGGCUGGGCAAAUAGCUGUCACUGAUCCUUUUACUUUUACUUUCGUUUUUAGUUUCGUUUUUGUUUUCACUCUUGCUCUCCUCGCUCUCUCUCAUACACUCCUCUAAAACACCCACCCCGAGAUGGAGAGCUGCAGGCUUUUUAUAUUCAGGUGACCAUCUCCCGAUUAGCAACAAAAUUAAUCACUUAACUAAUUCGGGAGAUGGCCACCUUCUGCACGAGUUU